UUGUUCGCCGAUGCACACAAUGUUUUUGUGUGUUUUUUUUAUUACGUCGUCAGAACUUUUAAUCACAAGAGAUUGCUGAAGACAUUUAAAUAAUUGACUGCUGUGCUUAAUCCAAAUAUAAAUUCACACAACCGAUGCGUGACUACACCUAAAGCAGUUUUCCCAUCACCUAGUUAGUCGAUAGCCAUCAUGGGACGAAGCCGCUCACGGGACAGGUCAAGCAGCAAGAGCGCUCGGCCGAAGAAGGAGGCAAAGAAGAGGAGCAGGAGUUCAUCCAGCAGCAGGGCAGGCAGCCCCUACCCCGACAGGAAACGACCUCAGUCCUCCAGCAAAAACCAAGAUUCUGUCGAAGGAAAAAAAGAAAAGAAGAAAGUAAAAAAGAAUCAAAGGCCCUCAUCCUCGUCUUCAUCCUCCGAUUCAUCUUCCUCUACCUCGUCUUCCUCGGAGUCCAGCGACGCCAAGUCCAGGAAGAAGGCCAAACGCACACUGAAGAAGGUCAAAGCCAAGGAAAAGAAGGAGAAAAAGCAGCAGAAGAAGUUGAGAAAGAAAAUGAAGAAACUGAGAAAGAAAGCAGAGAAGGUGGAGAAAGCAGUGCAGGCAGAGAAAGCAGUGCAGGCUGAGAAAGCAGCUACAGAGAAAGCAGCUGCCUUGCUGAAGGCAGAGGAAGCAGGUCUGGAGACCUGGCAAAGUGAGCCGGCGGUGGAGCUGGGACCAGCAAUGACGGAUGAGCAGAAGGCUCGACUCUCCACCAAGAGGCCUAUGACCAAAGAAGAGUGGGACGCCAGACAGAGCGUCAUUCGUAGGGUCGUAGAUCCAGAGACUGGGAGGACAAGGAUUGUGAGGGGUGAUGGAGAAAUACUGGAAGAAAUUGUAAGCAAAGAGAAGCACAAAGACAUAAAUAAGCAAGCAACUUCAGCCGACGGUUACUAUUUCCAGAAGAGAAUGGGACUCAAUCGCUAGAGCUCCUGAAAUGGUUUCUCUCAGGAGAGUAGGUGAAGGAGCUGGUUUGGCUGACCUAACACCAGACAGGAAUGUGGACAGUUAGGUUAACAUUCCCUCUCCGCUUCAGUGGAAGAAGUAAACUACUGAUCUUGUUUUUUUAUUAUUUGUCUUAUUCUUAUUUUGUUGUAAUCAGUUGGCAUUGAUUUUCUAAGCAGAGCAACAACCUUGGUAGAAUAUUAAGUGUUCAUGUGGCAAUGUUCAUUGGCAGUGCCGUCAGGAAAUUAAAAGUUUAUUUUAUGUAAAACGUUUGGUUAAUCUCUUUUAACUGGGUCAUUAUUUUCAAGAACAUUAGAAUCUGCUCUAAGGAAAUAUACUCUCUAAAGCAGGGCUUCUCAAACUCAGUCCUGGGGAUCACUGUGUCUGCUGGUUUUCAUUCCAGCUGAGCUCUCAAUUACUGAACUAGACCCUAGUUAAAGUCAGACCCGGGGUCAGUUACAAUUACAGCACAAUUGCAUGCUGUAGUAAUUACAAUUAUACUACUUAAUUAACAUGUUUACUCUUCUAAAUAAGCAAGCAUUAAAUCACAGGUAUAAAUACAGAAACAUGAUAUACAACUUUCAAACAAAUGGGGCCAUUAAAAGUGGAUGAACAUACAGGAAUGACCACAUGACAAAUAAAUGCAUAAAUGAACUGCAAUUGAUCAAUUAUAUAGAAGUUACACAGGUGUGCCAAUGUACAUUGUAAUUACAAUUAAUUGCGAAUUGCACAGUUACAAUUGCAGUUGAGCCCAUGUCUGGGAGCAAAAAGCUCCAGUCCCAGCAUCUCCAAAAGGUUGAGCACGAAAUCUUUUCCUGUGUUAACUGUACUUAUAAACAGAAGAAUAUAUAACACUACAGCUUCCAGACUUCGUGCAGUGAAGAACUUUCGUUUCUCGGAUGAAAACUGUAAAGGAUAAAGGCAGCAGGAUUGGUAUGCAGGACAGGGAGCUGGCUGUAAUCUGGAAGUAUUUCAGUUCUACAAAUGAUGUAUAUUAUAUAAAAACACAAGGAAUGAAUAAAAUAGCUGUCCAAUUUCUUUUAAUCCACAUAACGUACAAUGAUACUGUACACAAAACACACCCAGGCACUAGAACAUUGCAACAACAAAGAAAUAUGUACGUCUGAAGUGUUAACACAAGUUAACAGUUCGAAACGUUAUUUUUUUACACACUCAUUUUGAAAUAAACACAGAAAAUUGAAACUUUUAAGCAGAAGAUUGAAGUUUGAAACGUUUUUUGUAAGUGGUGUGCAGUCUUUUUUCUGGUAUAGCAUAUCAUAAUUUUAUAUAUAUAUAUAUAUAUAUAUAUAUAUAUAUAUAUAUAUAUAUAUAUAUAAUUACCAUUUUUAAGUUGCAAUAUUCACCUAAGUCCAUAUGUAACAUUUCUCUUUAAAUAAAAUAGAACACUUCUGAAUACAAAAUUUUUCUCUCAAAUUGAUCAAUAUAUUCAUGGACUUAAAACGCAGCAACAGAGGAAAAUGUAAGGCUUCUGAACUAAUAUUUACCGCAGCAAAGCAGUACCUGAUCUAGUGCACUAAUUAGACACUUUUCUUUUUUUUAGGAUCCCUCCCUUGCCACCAGGUUUGCCCGUAUUUUGCCGCAGUGACGGCACCACAAGAUGCCUGAAGAUGUACGAACUGCAUCUGGGUUAGUGAGGUAGGCCAAAGGAUUGCUUCCGCCAACGCAGCGUUCAAGUUCAUCCCACACGUGCUCAAAUGGAUUGAGAUCCAGGGAUUAUGCCAGCCAAGGAAGGUGUGUGUUAAAGUCUGAGCAAAUCACUGCCAAUACCAUCAUGGUGGGCGCUCACAUUAUUUUAAAAAGGUGUCCCUGUCUGAAGGCAUUUAUCCUUGUGGGUGGACUUGAUCAGCAACUGUGUUUAGGUGCGUUCAUUAAAAUCAGCCUUCCAGGGGACUCGAAGGACACAGCCUGUUUGGAGGGUGCGGUGCAAACUGGAGGGAGGUGGAUCCUAGCAAGUGUCCAACGAGUGAAGAACUACUGAAUAUGAACACGUUUGGAAAGGUGUACUGAUCACACGAGUCACGCCUUGGCUAGACACAUUGUGUAAGAGACAGUUUUAUUUUAGUUUGAAAACUGUUCAUGAAGUAUUUAUAAAUGAAGAUGCCAAUCAGGUCAAACAGAUAGAAUUUCAGUAUAGGGUUAGCUGAUUGAACUAGUUGUGUUACUCAGUCACACUUCUGUGUGGAAAAGAAAACUAAUUUUCUACUAAGUAUGUAGGAGGUUAUCUACUGUAUAUGUCAACCAGUACCCUCAGUUUUAUUUAUGUAUUUAUCUAUCUUAUUUAACUGUUAAAUUAAAAUACAACCCAUUAGUAAUAUCUGUGCGAUUACAGGCCUAUUAAAAUAUAAAGGUUUAAAAAUAUUUUGUAUU